UUUAUAACAAUCACCCUCGCCUCCGCCAUUUCCUUCCCACCGCCUCUAUCGCUGCCGCCGGAGGAUACGCCCUUCUUCUUCUUCUUCUUCUUCCGUUUUCUACUGUUCACCAAUGGAGACAGGCCGGCGCUGUUGGUUUGAUUUGGAAGGCGAGAUUUGAUCAAUUUGGAUGAUGUGUUCCUUCAUGCUGUGAUCUAUUUGCGGAUAAUUUGAAAUUUGUGGACUGUGGUGUGUUUCUCGAUAGUUUCAGUUAUACCUAAGGCGUGGAAGUUACAGAUCAGGCUUCGGAUCAUAGGAUUCUGGAGAAUUUCUUCCUCUCUUGGUACAAGUUCUGUGAAAUUUUUUUCCAUCAGAUAUCAUCUGCUCUGUUAUCACACCGUUAAGUUUAUUUUGUUGGAGGAGGAGUUUAUAGUUCAGUUCGUUUAUCUUGGAGUGAAUAAUCUUGUACUCGGAAAGAGAUUAGCUAGGGUUUGAAACGAAACAGGAAAGAUGGAGAAUAAGCACUUGUUCAUGUCAGCUUUGAGUGUGGGAAUAGGAGUAGGAGUUGGGAUUGGAAUGGGGAAGACGAUGAGUAGGUGGACUGGCGGUGAUGAUUCAUCAGGAAACGGACUCACUCCACAAACAAUGGAGCGUGAGAUGCUUAGUAUGAUCGUGGACGGCAAAGACAGCAAAAUCACGUUCGACGAAUUUCCGUAUUACCUAAGCAAGCAGACGAGGGUUUUACUUACAAGUGCGGCCUUUGUUUAUUUGAAGAACAUUGACUUCUCCAAGCACACAAGGAACCUUUCUCCGGCAAGUCGAACUAUAUUGUUGUCAGGGCCUGCAGAACUUUACCAGCAAAUGCUUGCCAAGGCUUUGGCUCACUAUUUUGAAGCCAAGUUGUUGCUGUUGGAUGUCAAUGAUUUUUCACUAAAGGUACAGAGCAAAUAUGGUGCUUCCUCCAAAGAUACUACCUUCAAAAGGUCCACUUCAGAAACAACCUUGGGGAGAAUGUCGGACUUAUUUGGAUCAACCCUAUCUAUGCUUCAAUCGAAACAGGAAAUAGAAGGUGUUGCAGGGACAUUGCGUAGACAGAGCAGUGUUUCUGAUUUUGGAUCAAGGGGGAAUGAAGCUUUCUCAAAUCCUCCAAAUCUUCGGAGAAAUGCAUCUUCAUCAACUAAUAUGGAAGAACUUGCUUCAAAAUGUACUCCACCAAAUCCAGUGCUAAUAAGCAGGUCAGUGUUACAAGGAGAACAGAAAGCUCCACUUCGACGCACGAGUAGCUUGUCUUUUGACGAGAAGCUUUUCGUACAAACCUUAUACAAGGUUCUUACUUUCAUAUCCAAAAACAAUCCUAUUGUCUUGUAUCUUAGAGAUGUUGAGAAGCUUCUAUGCAGAUCCCAAAAGUUGUAUUUCCUGUUCCAGAAAAUGUUACAAAAGAUUUCUGGACCAAUACUGAUCCUUGGGUCACAAGUUGUGGACUCUGAUAAAGAUUACAGAGAAGUGGAUGAAAAGAUUACUUCUGUGUUCCCAUACAUCAUUGAAAUCAAACCUCCACAAGAAGAAAAUCAUCUUGUUAGUUGGAAGAGUCAACUGGAAGAAGAUAUGAAGAUGAUCCAAUUUCAGGAUAACAGAAAUCACAUUAGUGAAGUACUUGCUGCCAACGAUCUUGACUGUGAUGAUCUUGCCUCUAUUUGUGUGGCUGACACAAUUGAUCUUAGUCACUACAUUGAGGAAAUCGUCGUAUCAGCUAUCUCGUAUCAUCUGACACAUACUAAGAAUCCUGAGUACCGAAAUGGGAAACUAGUUAUUUCUACUGCAAGUUUGUCUCAUGGACUGAGUCUGUUCCAGGAAGCUAAAUCUGUUAAGAAAGACACCUCGAAGGAUACAAUGGGGAAAGAUGCUGCUGCCCCAAAAUCAGAAACCAAAGCUGAAAGCACCAGUCCUAAUGAAGCAGAAGUGUUGGCUCCCAAGAACAGCGAUAAUGUCAACCCAGCACCUAAAGCUCCAGAUGUUCCUCCCGACAAUGAGUUUGAGAAGCGCAUAAGGCCUGAAGUCAUACCAGCAAGUGAGAUCGGUGUGACUUUUUCCGAUAUUGGUGCCUUAGAUGACAUUAAAGAUUCACUUCAAGAACUAGUAAUGCUACCUUUACGAAGACCAGAUUUGUUCAUCGGAAGCCUUUUAAAACCAUGCCGAGGAAUAUUGUUAUUUGGGCCUCCUGGAACAGGGAAAACUAUGCUUGCCAAGGCCAUUGCCAAUGAGGCUGGAGCCAGCUUUAUCAAUGUUUCCAUGUCCACCAUUACUUCAAAGUGGUUUGGUGAAGAUGAGAAGAAUGUCAGAGCCUUGUUUACUCUUGCAGCUAAGGUCUCACCAACAAUCAUAUUUGUGGAUGAGGUUGAUAGUAUGCUGGGUCAACGGUCAAGAGCCGGGGAGCAUGAAGCAAUGCGGAAGAUUAAGAAUGAGUUCAUGACUCACUGGGACGGACUACUGACUAAGCCAGGUGAAAGGAUUCUCGUUCUUGCUGCAACUAAUCGACCUUUUGACCUCGAUGAGGCAAUUAUAAGACGUUUCGAGAGAAGGAUCAUGGUUGGUCUACCAUCUGUAGAAAAUAGGGGAAUGAUAUUGAGAACUCUUUUGGCAAAAGAAAACAUCGAAGAAGGAUUGAACUUCAGUGAACUCGCCACCAUGACUGAAGGAUAUUCUGGAAGUGAUCUGAAGAAUUUGUGUACCACUGCUGCUUAUCGACCUGUUAGGGAGUUGAUACAACAAGAGAGAUUGAAGGAUAUCGAGAAGAAACGCAGAGCUGAGAGUGGUGAAGAGCCUCCAUCUCCAGAAGAAACUAGGAAGGAGAAAGUGAUUACUAUCAGGCCGCUGAAGAUGGACGACUUUAGGGAAGCCAAGAAUCAGGUGGCGGCUAGUUUUUCAGCCGCGGGAUCCAUAAUGAGCGAGCUGAAGCAAUGGAACGAGCAAUACGGGGAAGGAGGUUCAAGGAAAAAGGAACAAUUGUCAUAUUUCCUGUAAGUGUGUUUUGCAUAAACAUAAUGACUACCCCCACAUGUCCUCAUUAGUGUGCCGAACCUCCAACGAAAGAUAGAAAGAAGUCUUGCUACUCGCGCUAAGCGAGCAUACAAAAACAUUAGAGCCUGGGAGGGAUUAAUGAUUAAUCUGUUGUUUGUUACCAAAACUAUGGGUCAGUUGGAGAGGGCAGGUGGGUGGCUUGGAAUUACACGAGAGGGGUCCGGUAUCCCUCUUUUUAAUCAAGGACGAUUGUGUGGUGUUGUUUUCCCAUAAAUUUACAAAAUAUGUAUCGUUUUGGAUCUGUCUGGUGUUUGGUUAUUUCUGAAGACAGUAAUAAUGCACUUGUACUAGCUAUAGGCAACUGGUAAUGAGAUAUUAUAUUAUAUUA